AUGUCGUCCUCCAUCGCCAUUCCAGCUGGCCCUUCGGCUACCCGCUCGUACCAUAAGAGCACGGGCUCUUCUACAGGCAGCCCGUUCAGUACUUCGCCCUCGUCCUCUCCGCCGUCAGCCGGGAAGGAAAAGGCCCUGCACAGCCGCCGCCCAAGCCUUCUGAGCUCGUCUCUUUCUAAGCAAGAAUGCACUGUCAUUAACAUCGGCGACCCAGAGGGUCCUCCUCGACUGAUCUCCUACCUUUCCUCCAGCCAAGGCUUUGCGUGGAACCCCGAAAUCUUUCUUCCUUCUUACAUAGACUGCGACUACGUUCCCCUCGAGAACCGCCGCGAUCCCGUGCAUGAGAUUGUCCUCACCGACGACGAGUCCAAGAGCAUGCUACCCAAUUAA